AUGCUCCAGUCAUUCAAAACCAGUGAGAUCGAAAAGCUGGAACAUGGAAAACCGUCCAAUAUGCUUAUAGGAGUGACCCAUUGGUCAUGUGAUGCGGAUGGUGAUGAUGAUGAUGUAGAUGAUGAAUUGGAAGUGAAAAAUCUGAAACAGAAAUCACACACCUCUGCUCAACUCGAUCAUAUCAAUGGUCGCCUCAGACUCGACAAGCGGCAUCUUCUCGUGAUCGUUCAGGUUGACAACCAUGUUUUUCACAACGAGUCCGUCUGGAUCGUGACGGUCGUCGUGCACUCCGUUAUCGUCAUCACUACGGAAAACGUUGCCGAGUACUUGAUCGUCUUCCAGCAACAUGUCUCCUCGAAUUUGUCGUCUCAUUCGCAACAGAUGAUCUUUCAAGUCGACGAUGUCGAGUUUCUAAAAAAUUGA